CAGAGAGAGAGAGAGAAAGGGAAAGUAAGUUGAUCCUCCUUUACAGAAAAAUAAAGAAAGAGUGACGCAGUUUAGGAGAAUCCGAACUAAAUUCCACCAGCACGAUUCUACAGCGGUUUAUUUUCACUGGGGAUCUGCAUGUUCACUGAAGCACCUCCAUGAUGGAGCCUCAUAAUUCCACUGAUGGAGGAGAAUCCUCUGAUCCAAAGGUGAAGAGAGCAGAGUCCAGCGGUGUCUCUAUGAAGACUGACUGGACCAUUCAGGAGCCUCUAAACUUCAGCAGUGGAGGAGGAAGCUCUGAAUCACGACUGCAGAAAUCCAGAGGAGAACCACCAGAACCCAGUUAUGUAUCUAUAAAGAGCCACAACUCUAUGUUUAGGCCUCCUGACUUCAGGAAUGAAGCAGAACCUCCAGAACCCAGCUGUGUGUCUAUGAAGAGUGACAACUCGAGGAGAAAGCCUCCUAACUUCAGUAAUGCUGUAACAUUGAAAAGGGGAAAGAGUAAUCUACUGCAGGAUCAGUCCAGGUGUGGAUUGUGUGAGCAGCUUCUUACAGAUCCAGUCUCUAUCACCUGUGGGCACAGUUUCUGCAGACUGUGCAUCAACAGAUACUGGGAUGAAACUGAUCUGACUGGAGAUUUCAGCUGUCCCUCCUGCGGAAAGAGAUCUAAAACAUGUCCUGCUCUACAUUCACACACAGAAGAGUCUAUAAAGCAAGAUUCCAACCAACUAGAGGAUGAUGUUCUUCACAGUGUCAUACAGAAACACAAAACCCGUAUGAAGAACAGGUACGAGAGCUUAUUUGAGGGAAUCAAAACACAAGAGAACAGAACCCUCCUGAACAGGAUUUACACACAGCUCUACAUCAUAGAGGGAGAGAGUGAAGGGGUUAAUGAAGAACAUGAGGUUAUAAAGAUCGAGAAGACUUCAAACAAAUACUUACAGGAAACUCCAAUCAACUGCUUAGACAUAUUUAGACCUGUAGAAGAUCCUGAAGAAGAAAUGGAAAUAGUGAACAAUACAGCUGUGAUGGAUAAUGGCGUCAGACGAAACAAAAAGCAAGAAGAUAAAGGACCAAAAGAGCUUAGAACUGUUCUGACUAAAGGCAUCGCUGGCAUUGGAAAAACAGUCUCCGUACAGAAGUUCAUUCUGGACUGGGCAGAGGGAACAGCCAAUCAGGAGGUAGAUUUCAUGUUUGUGCUUCCAUUCCGAGAGCUGAACCUGAUUAAAGAUGAGCAGUACAGUCUUAACACACUUCUCUGCACUUUUCAUCCUGAGCUCAGAGACCUGGACUCUAGGAUUUGUGAUGAGAACAAAGUUGUGUUCAUCUUUGAUGGUCUGGAUGAAAGCAGAAUUCCACUGAAUUUUUCACAGUGUGAGAAAGUGUCUGACAUCACAGCUACAUCAUCAGUGGGUGUGUUAAUGACAAACCUUCUCAAAGGAGAGUUACUGCCCUCUGCUCACAUCUGGAUAACCUCCCGACCAGCAGCAGCCAAUCAGAUUCCUCCUCAGUUUAUCAACCGUGUGACAGAAAUUCAGGGGUUUAAUGACCCACAGAAGGAGGAGUACUUCAGGAAGAGAAUCAGUGACCAAGACCAAGCCCUGAAAAUCAUCUCCCACAUUAAGACAGCGAGGAGUCUCCACAUCAUGUGCCACAUUCCCGUCUUCUGCUGGAUCUCAGCCACUGUGCUUCAGAGAAUCAUGAAACAGAGUAAUACAGAAAUCCCUAAAACCCUGACUGAGAUGUACUCCCACUUUCUGAUCACUCAGACCAACAUGAAGAAUGAGAAGUAUGAGGAGAACUUCAACUUGGAUCCAGUGGAACUGCUGAAAUCUAACAGAACCAUGCUUCUGAAACUGGCAGAACUGGCUUUCAAUCAGUUGAUGAAGGGGAAUGUGAUGUUCUAUGAAGAUGACCUGAGAGAGUGCGGUAUUGAUCUCACUGAGGCCUCAGUGUAUUCUGGGAUCUGCACUGAGAUCUUUAGGGAGGAAUGUGUGCUUUAUCAAAGGAAGGUCUACAGCUUUGUACAUCUGAGCUUUCAGGAGUUCCUGGCUGCUUUCUAUGUGUUUCACUGCCACCUGAGCGAGAACAUGAAGGAACUGAGGGAUUUUAUACCACAGUACGGAGAAUGGCCUGAAAAUUUUAUACUGUACAGUUAUUGGAAUGUCCCACUGCAUGAGCUCCUGAGGGGAGCAGUGAGCAAAGCCUCAGAGAGUCAGAAUGGACAUCUGGACCUUUUCCUCCGUUUCCUGCUGGGCAUCUCUCUGGAUUCCAGUCAGAAGAUCCUACAGGGCCUCCUUAUUUACACAGAGAGCACCUCACAGAGCAUCAAGGAAACAGUGACACACAUCAAAUACCUAAUCUCAACACAAGAUCUUAAUAAUGACAGAUCUGUAAACCUGUUCCUCUGUCUGACUGAAAUUAAUGACCAGGAUUUACCCAGAGAGAUUCAGAAGUACAUAGAUUCAGACGAAAGCUCAAAAAAGGAUCUGUCUGCUCUAGAGUGUUUAGCUCUGUCCUACAUGCUGCAGACCUCAGAGGAGGUGCUGGAAGAGCUGGAUCUGAAGAAAUACAGCACAUCAAGAAUUGCUUAUAUGAAACUUCUUCCAGCUGUGAACAACUGCAGAAAGGCUCUGUGA